GCACAAACACAGGGCAUGAGGGUGGAGUUAAUGAUUACCAGCUGCCAGCAUGCUGGACUCCAGCUCUGGCACUUGCCUCCAACCAAGCUCAGCUACCUUCCCUGCGGCAAGAUGCUUGCAGUGUUACCUGUGGCUGCAAUGGUGGGCUUGUUGGUGGGGGGGCUGGAACUUGCCCAAGCCCGCAAGUCUGAACCUCUGAGUGGUUCCAGCGACCAGCCUCUUUUCCGUGGGGCAGACCAGUACAACUUUGGCAUUGUCAUCCCUGCAGGCAGCAUAGAGUGCUUCUGGCAAUUUGCCCAUCAGAGCGGCUUUUUCUACUUUAGCUAUCAGGUGCAGUGGUCUUCAGGUCUCGGACAUGACCAACACAUCCUGGCAACCGCAAAUGACCCCAAUGGGCUCCACCUUGGCACCUCCCAGGAUAUACGGGGACAGAUCAACUUCCAAACCAAGGAAACAGGCUUCUAUCAGCUCUGUCUGAGCAAUCGGUACAACCACUUUGGCUCCGUGCAGGUCUACCUCAACUUUGGGGUCUUCUAUGAGGGCUUUGAUCUACAAACUCCACAUGAAGCUGAGAGGAAAAGACUUAACGACACACUGGAUGCAAUUGAGGAGAGUACCAAAAAACUGCUGAACAGCAUCUUCCAAAUGUGGCGCCACUACACUUUUAGUCGGAUGAAGAGCACCUCAGACUACUUCCUUCUGCAGUCCAAUUACAACUACGUGAACUGGUGGUCAGCGGCCCAGAGCCUGGCCAUUGUUCUCUCUGGUGUCCUGCAACUCUACUUCCUCAAGCGCCUCUUCACCACGCAGCCCACCACAGUCACCAACAAGCCACGGUGCUGAGGCUGCUUCAGAAGGCUAUUUAUGCCUGGCUGAAAAGCCAAACUGCUCUCUCCUUGCCACCCUCUUAACACCCGACUCACUAAAUACCUGCAAGCAGCAAAGGAGAGCAAGGGCAUGUCCACCUGCUGGUGUGGCUUCAUUUUUGGUGGGGGGAGGGGUGUUGGCUGAAAAAUCCAAGUAUUCUUCCAGAGGAGCCAGAGGGGGUUGGUUGACUUGAAAUGAAACUGCCACAAGUUAAAAUAAACAUGACUCAAAAUGCAGGAGUCCUGCUGCAACCACA